AUGGACCUCGGUGGGACACGCAACGCGCGUGGCGCGGGGGAGCGGGAGCGGCGCCGGCCCAGCGGUGCCCCCAAGCCUCCGUGGAGUCAAACACGCGAGGGCUGCCGAGGGAGCAGCGGCAGUAGAAGAAGAGGACGGUCCAACCAACCAGCCAAAGAAGUAAAAAGACAAGAACAAAAACGAGAGAUAUACUUAUACCAAGCCGAUGAUCAUUGGCAGCAGCAGCAGCAGCAGCAGCAGCAGCAGUGGUGGUGGCGGUGGAGUAACACGGAAAGUGAGGACGAAAAGAAAGAGGAAUCCCUAACGCAUGCCGAGAGAUACGGCGGAGGCCAUCAGUACACGUGCCCGCACCGCGUCGAUGAAUCCCGGUAA